GAGGAAGUGCGCGCCAGUGACCACGUGACUUCCUCUACUUAUGGCCCGACUGUCUCUCGUGCAAUAUUAAAGCUGCAAUUCGGUCGACAGAGUUGAUGAUGGCCUUCACCGAGACGCUCGCGUCCUUCCCAGUCGGCUGCCUUAAUGAUGAUCAUUAUAUCAGACGGAAAGGCUAUUUUUUUUAAAUGUACCUUAUUAUUUUUUAAUGCCACCGAAUGAUUGUGCGUACACGCAUAUCCCCUUGAAAAGUUCAACAUGGCCUCCUGGUUAAUCCCCUCUCGUCUGCCCCUGUUAUUGAAUCUGCGCUGCUGCAAGUGCGACCUCAUGUGGACAGUUUGGGGAAGUGUACACAGAAACAACCUUGAUCAAUUCUGAUGGGAACGCGGUGUGCCAAAUACAUCCAAAAAUAGAUCGUGAUUCUAUUCCCAUUCAUUUGGAUGGAAUAAAAUGACUUCGUUGCCUCUCUGAAUUAGGGUGAUAAUUGCUCGAUUCUUUUUUAUUACAGUUAGUUUUUAUUUUGCUUUGACUCUGUUUUCAGUUAGUUUUGAUUCAUUUUUAGAGCAGGUUGGUUCGUUUUUAUUUUUUUUCAAAAAUGUGUUCAUAAAUGUAAGUAUUAUUUUUGGUUUUCAUUUCAAUUUUUUUAUGUUCUUUUUUUUGUAGUUGUUUCUUCAGUUUUCAAGAACUACCGUGACCUUGAUUAAAACAAAAUAAGUUUGUGAAAUGAGGAUCAACAGUUUUGAAGCAAAACUAUUCUUAAGGCAGUUGUGAGUCAACUACAUCCUUCAUUAAAGAGACGAGACUCCGAGAUGUGAUUCCUCGUUGUCUUUGUGUUCCACUUUGCAGCCCUCACUGCAGUUUGUUUAAAAAGUACCCCCACCUGAAAACUGGCCCCGGCCAAUGAGCAGUGGAGAUGUCAGCGCCUCCUUUGUUCGAAACCAAUGAGAGUGGAAGUGCGGCAUGUUCCCCGAGGGGGAGAACUUAGGGCUGCCUGCGUUAAUUACGCAUCACUUAGCCGUUGCCAAUGUGUUCACAACACAAGAUCCUCUUUGAGGCUUUUUACUGCAACUCCAUUUCUUGGAACCAUCUAGUAUGGAAAGUCAACAACAAUGGCUUACCAGGCUCAAAGAUGAACUUAGCAACAGUCCGCUGGUCUCUAACGUGGCAUUCGGCUUCAUCCUCACGGGACUGGAGAAGCUGGUGGAAUUGGAGUUUGAGUGUCCGUGCAACCCGACAUGGAAUGGCGUGUUUUCGUCUGCCUUCUUCGUUAUCCCAGCCGUCAUGGCCUUCACCUUGAUGCUCAUCAUCCAGGGGUGCCGCUGUGACGCGCAGUGUCGCCGGAGCGUGUCGCUCUCCAGCGUGGUGCCUGCCGUCGUCUGGCUCAUUUUGCUCUUCCUGGAUGGUCAGUAUUUCGCCUGCGCAAUGACAGACUGGGAGGGUCGAUUUGUGCUGGUGGACAGGGCGGCCCCGCAAAAGUGGUGCGAGCCAAUAACUGAUGGAGGUGUCCCCCAGCAGGAGCUCAUGCUGCGUUCGCAGCAGCUCUUUGUUUUCUCUCAGGUUCUAGGUAUCAUCCUGCUCAUUGUCAUCUGCGUGGGUCUUGUCGUGUACGUCAUCAGGCAAAGCUGCCAACAAGAAGUGGAGGAGCUGCAAGAUGCCAAUGUCGCCGAGCUCACCGUCCUUAGAAUGAGCUCUCUGCGGACCAGGACGUCUUGAGGCAGACUUUAGAACAAAGACAGCCAAAAAAAGUGCUCAGAGCACCGACAAUGAGCAGCACGACAGAAGAUAAGCAAAGGAGCACGUCCACGGAGUAGUAGACAAACCAGGGCAGCUGGUAGGACUCGGUCCUCAGGUGAG